UCCGUCGUUCAUAUAUUCUUCGAGAGUGUAAAAAGCUAUAGAUAUUAAAUAUUGUUUUAGUUUUGUAACAAAAGUCGUGUACUUCUCUGCAGCUACUAUAUAACUAGGUAACUUGUUGUAGACUUUCAUCGACAUGGAAUGCGGUCCGUUCGAGAUCAUUCUGACCCCGACCCUGAGUCCCGACUCCAACACCUCUGAUGGCCUACCGCGAACACCUAAGUUUGCAUUCGGCCAUCUUUCUCUUUUACUCUAAUUUGACAGAGUUAGGUGCUCAAAGUUUACGAACUUUGAUUUUCACGUUUUUUUUUUAUUUGGGAAAGGACUAGAGUUCAUGGUCUAAGAUAUAUAAAAAAAAAUGAUGUGACAUUUGAAAUUUUUGACAUUGACAUUUGAAACUAAAUACGAGUCAAUAACAUGCCAAAUGGAUCCUGGUUUUUACUUUACAAGUUAUUUGUUUAAACAUAAUAGUGUUAAAUAGUACAUUACGAUACAAGUGCGAAAAAUAGGAAAUUCGAAACGAGUGGCGAUAAAUUAAAACACGACCGAAGGGAGUGUUUUAAAUCGACACGAGUUGCGAAUUACCUAUUCGCACAUGUAUCGUACAACGUUUUACAGUACAUAUGGCCCUUUAAAUGUUCGACACAGUAACAUAAUAUGCUACUUCUCGCACUAGUGCUAUAAAGUAGCCCCAUAUGUACUGUAAAAUAUUAUACCGCAUACACCACCUGGCCAAUGGAAUACGAUUUUCCUAAGGAAGGAGCUUGUGAACCCAUCAAAAUGAAGGACUGCUGGGUGCGGCUUGAACGUUUACAGAGUACCGAGGACCAAAGCCUAAGACAAGUUGAUGAUGAUGAUGAUGCAGGAUCACUGACUGACUUCACGCUGUCCGUCGAAAAUACCGCGAGAAAACGUCGAAAGCAGAAGGAAUACUCGUGCUUAAUAUGCAAAAGAGUGUUUCUUACAAAAUAUAAUUUAAAACAUCAUGAAUACGUUCACACCGGGGAAAAACCUUACUCGUGCAUUAUUUGUAAGAAAACAUUUUCGUUUUUAGGUAAUUUAAAGGUACAUGAAUACACCCAUACUGGUGAGAAACGCUACUCCUGCGAAAUAUGUAAGAAGAAGUUUGUACACGCAAGCUCCUUGAAUGCACAUAGUAAAAUUCAUACAAAUGUGAGGGCUUAUAAUUGUGAAUUAUGUCAGAAAAAGUUUAAAACCUUAGGCGCUUUGAAGAGACAUAAACGUAUACACUUGGGAUUAAACCUGAUUCGUGCACGUUGUGUAAAAGAAUUAUACUAAUUUAAGUAAUUUUAAAGUACAUAAACGUACACAUCAGGUUAAAAAAGCUUACACGAGUCUCAUAAGUAAAGAAGAGUUUACCCUUUUAGUCAAUUUGAAAAAUCAUGAACUAAUACACACGGGAGAAAAGCCCCACGCUCGCGAAUGAUGUUAGAAAAGUUUCUCAAGCCUACGAUAUUAAAAAGACAUAAUGUUGUACAUAUAGGCAAUAAAACUAAACCUUUCUCGUGAGUUAUAUGUCAGAAGAAGUUAACACAAUCAAGAUAUUUAAAGCCACACGAGCGUGUUCAUACUGGGGAAAACCCGUAUUCCUGUAAAACGUAAAAAGGAAUUCAAAAUAUCAAGCAUUUAAAGACUACAUAAACGGACACACUGGAGUGAAAUUAUAUUCUUGCGAAGUAUGACGGAAGGAGUUUACAUGGUAUAGUAGUUUUAAGAGACAUGUAAAAAUGUAUGGGCAUUUUCAGGAAAAUGUAUAGUUUAAUAAAAGUACAUUUAUUCGACAAA